UCGCCAGGUUCAUUCAUAUUUCUCUCGAAAGAGAAAAUUUACGAGAACCAGAAAUUACGCGAAAAUCAUUGCAGACAAUCAAUGCAACCCAGAGAACUCACCUCUUCGUCAUCAAUCAUAUCAGAACGCAUGAUUACCCCACGUGACCUUCCGAACGACCUCUAAAUAGCAACACCGUCCCUUCGGCGGUGUGUGGAGAAUUCUCGGGUAAACGGAGUGUCCCCGUUCUUAAAUAUUCGGACUAAAUAUCAUUAACGACGAAAUAAUCCUACCACUACCCAGGAUUACAAAUCGAGGAGACAGAAAUUGCAGCUGAGAAAGUACAUAAGUUGUUGAGUAUCGUUGAAUCAAUCACAAAUUAAUUUACAUUGAGAAAUGCUACUGAGGGCGACCAGUCAGCUGCGCAAUGAUUUGGCUCGGGUGACACUACGUAACGCCGUGAGGACCAACGUCGUCCGGUGCUUGACAACUCGUCGAUUCCACAGGAAGUUAUUACCCAGGAAUCAGGGAUGCAACACUCUGAGACCCAUGGGCCCUUGGAGGCAACAGUUUCGAUUUUAUGCCGAUUACCCAGAUCACGUAAAAGUCACUCUACCUGCGUUGUCGCCUACCAUGGAGACAGGCACGAUCAUCAGUUGGCAGAAGAAAGAAGGUGACAAACUGAAUGAGGGUGACCUUCUCGCUGAAAUCGAAACGGACAAAGCGACGAUGGGUUUCGAGACCCCAGAAGAAGGUUAUUUAGCUAAAAUUAUUGUACCAGCUGGAACCAAGAACAUCAACAUUGGCUCUCUGGUCUGUAUUAUUGUGGAACAACAGUCCGAUGUAGCGGCAUUUAAGGAUUUCAAGGAUGAUGGAACCACUGUAGCCCCUCCGUCUCCUGCUGCUCCAGCUGCACCAGCUCCAGCAGCCCCAGCACCCACACCACCCCCAGCAGCACCAAGAGCAGCUCCUGCCCCAGUUGCUGCGCCUUCAGUGCCUACCAGCGCAGGGGAUAGAAUUUUCGCAAGUCCUCUGGCAAAGAGAUUAGCUGCUGAAAGAGGAUUAAGUCUUCAGGGACUGAAAGGCUCUGGACUUUUCGGAUCAAUAACCUCCAAAGACUUGGAGGGUGCCUCAGCGGCACCCGCUGGCUCCCCUGGGAUUGCUUUUGCUGGAGGAGUUGAUAUUCCAGUAUCGAACAUCCGUGGUGUCAUUGCCAAAAGAUUAUCCGAAAGCAAGCAAACAAUUCCACAUUAUUACCUGUCAAUUGAUAUUAGAAUGGACUCUGCCCUUGCCAUGAGAGAACAAUUCAAUAAACUAUUGGAGAAGGAGAAAGUUAAGUUGAGUGUUAAUGAUCUCAUCAUCAAGGCGAUUGCUAUGGCGUGUAAGAAAGUACCUGAGGGCAACAGUGCUUGGAUGGGCGACGUUAUUCGACAGUAUGAUAAUGUAGACGUCAGUGUAGCUGUGAGUACAGAUGCUGGCUUAAUUACACCAAUAGUUUUUGGAGCUGACUGGAAAGGUCUUGUGCAAAUCAGCAAAGACGUCAAAGCACUGGCAGCCAAAGCUCGAGAGGGUAAACUUCAACCUCAAGAGUUCCAGGGUGGUACCAUUACAAUUUCCAAUCUGGGCAUGUUUGGAGUGAAGAAUUUCUCUGCUAUUGUCAACCCACCACAAUCAAUCAUCCUCGCAGUAGGAACUACAGAGGCUAGACUAAUUCCUGCCAAUAACGAAAGAGGGUUUACCACUGCUCAAUAUAUGACUGUAACAGCCAGCUGCGACCACAGAACUGUAGACGGUGCAGUAGGGGCGCAAUGGUUAUCAGCAUUGAAAAGCUUACUCGAAAAUCCAUCGACAAUGCUGCUUUAAAAAUAAGAAACUUCGAAACAAACGAAAAUCGCUGCCGAUUUAAGUGAAAAUUAGUUCAAUCAACUUGGAAAGUAGGAGAUACUUUCCAUGAGUACAAGGUGAUACGUGUCUGUGUAUCUGAGAAAUUUAUUUAUUCUUAAUUUUAUUAUGAAUAACAGUUGAAAUGUUUGAUGGACGUAUCAUUGAGUACCUAACUAGUUACCGAUUUUUUGGGAAAAAGAAUUUAUCACUCGACAUUAGAAUAACACGAACAACGUCCGUUUUUAAAAGGAAUCAUUUAAUAAUAAAUGAAGAUGUACGAUACGACGAUAUUCCUGGUGAAAUCACGUCUACUCACCGAUUUAAUUUAUAAUAGAUUGUUUUAUGACCGAAAUUCGGUUGGGGGGAUCAUCGAGUGAUUUGUUUUUCAUUCUCUCUCGAUUGUAUUUCUGACCCUACUGUAAAUAAUUAGAAAACUAUUAUUUUUGUGGACAGAAAAACAAUAAUUGUUACGUUAUUUCUGUAGCAAAUUCAAUUGUAAUUACCAGAGAUGAGUGAAAUCGUCUGAUGAAAAUACAGUGUAUAAUAAAUUAUGAAUACAAAACGUUAAUUCAACCAUGA